AAUGCUGUAGUUCACAGCAUACUGAGUCUGUAGCAAGUCUCUCCCACCCUAAGUGUAAAACAAACCAGUGCUCAAUAAAAUUGUGGAUAUUGUUUAAACUGACAUUCACUAUCAACCAUUUCUUUGGCCAUUUUUGAUAAUUUAUUUAAUUUAAUUUUGUCGACAUCUAAUUUUUUGUGUGUAUUAUUUUGAUUGACUGUUCUACUGACGCAAGUAAAACUUAAUUUAAACAAAAUGGCAUGCUAUGUUCAGGUUUGUGAGAAUGAAACUUCUGAGCCUAUUGAAUUACCUAUUCAAGAAGAUGGAACCAUGCUGUUGACAACUCUAACUUCUCAAUUUCCCGGUGCCUCCGGGUUGAGAUAUCGUAAUGAGGAGACUGGGACGAUGAGAGCUGUGAGUUUGGUUGAAAAUAAAUUUCAAGCUCCAGAUAAGGGAUGGUCAAAGAUUUCAGUAUACUAUGUUGUGUUUCCUAAAGGUGAUAACAAAAGAAAGAGUGAUGAUGUAUCUGAUGAAGAGUCAAGUGUGAGGAAAAAGCCUACCAAAUGUACUGAUCUGAUUGUGCUUGGUUUGCCGUGGAAGACAACUGAAACUGAGUUGAGAGAGUAUUUUGAGCAAUUUGGUGAGCUUUUAAUGGCUCAGGUUAAAAAAGAUCCUGAGACUGGUCUUUCCAAAGGAUUUGGCUUUAUUAGAUUUGGUGACUAUGAUACCCAGAAGCAGGUUAUUCAGAAACGUCACAAUAUCGGUGGACGUUGGUGUGAUGUGCGUAUUCCGUUGUCGAAGGGUGAUGCUUACAGUACAGAGUAUGAUCGCAAGAUUUUUGUUGGGCGUUUGACUGAGGACAUUACAACUGAAGAUUUGCGUGAAUAUUUCUCCAAGUUUGGUGAUAUAACUGAUGUGUUUAUUCCAAGACCAUUCCGGGCUUUUGCUUUUGUUACGUAUGAGUCGGAAGUUUCUCAGAAUAUCUGUGGUGAUCACAUUGUGAAAGGAGUUUCUCUGCAUGUCAGUAACGCUGUGCCAAAAAGUGAGAUGAGCUCUAACAGAUUUUCUGUAAACAAUCAUUUCAGCCCUUAUGGCCCUGGUAAUCAGAUGAGUAAAAUUUCUCACGGUGGAAUGCCACCAAUGAGUAAUCCUACUUCUAGGUACUCCCAUCAGCCCUACUACUCAUCUUAUGCCGCUCGUCGAGCUACUUACGGAUCCCAACCUUUGCCCCGAAGACUUGACUAAUGCUUGGUCAUGCAUACACAGAAAGCCAUUUCAUAAUCAAUAUGCUCACCAAUAACACAGAUUUUUCUAUUCUGUCCUUUUCUCUACCAAUUAGCCCACUCUCAUCAAUCUUUACACUUAUAUGUCUGAUGAUUUUUCCUAUACAUCUCAUUACCAAUAUUCCCAUACUCUUUAAAUCUUGUCCUAAAUCAUUUAGCUUUCACUUUUCCUCCCUAAUCAUCCUUUUUUAUUAACUUCUCAUCAUUACUUUGGAGCAAAUUGUCCACCGUGACUCUGACUGUUCCCCUUUCCUCGUCAUCUAUGUUUAUCAAUCCUUCUUUAAUUGUAAUAAUGUGCAAGAUCAAAUAUUGAUCUUGUCGGUCAGAUUCCCUUCAAAUUAUGAAAAGCUGUUCCAUCAAUGAAUUCAAUGUAUUUAUGGGACUUAAUAAUGCGAUCCAAUCUACAAUUUUGAUUGUUAAAAUUUUCAUGAUAAAUUCGAGGACAGUAAAAGAUUGAAAAAUGUGGAUAAAAAAUACUCAGUUUCCCAUUCGUAAUGUCAGCUGAAAAUUAAAUUGCUAUUGAAUGAUAAAAUCAAUUGUUUACACAA